AUGACUCAGGACGAGCAACCGUCCAUCGGCGAGCGCCGAGGACAUCGACUGGCCCCAUUACAGACCAACUUCAGCCGACCAACAGCUGCUCAAUUGGCCCAGUCUCAGCAAUCUCGAUUGCAGCGUCCCCGGCCAACCGAUUACCCGAGUACCAAUGGCUCUGAAAACCCCGUUCCACUGCAGAGUCCCGUUAAGCGUCAAUCUUCCAAGACCAGCCUGCGCAGCCUGUUUGGUCGCGAUAAAUCCUCACGAGCCCCGGAGACCACAUUGAUGGAGAUCGAGGAAAUCCAGCCACCAACUCAGGCCGAUGACACCAUGUCGACUGGAUUGGCUUCUCCGCGCACCGUCGCCUCGGCCGCAACCCUGACCUCCCCAACAUCACAACAACCACGGCUGACACUGAAGACGGCGCGGCCGAAACCUGAGCUUGUUUCCUCCCAGGAACAAUACGGGUGGAAGCCUCCCCCGCUGUUUCAGGCAUAUCCCCAGUCCUACAAGCACGACUGCCUCUUGGCGCCCGCGGUAUCCGCAGAUUCGAUCCUGCGUCUUCACGAGACCGCGGGGAAAGCCUCUGAGGAUGCGCCCCGUGGCUCAUUAGGUCGGGGCGAGCCUGAUGAUGCCCGAAAAAAGAGGGAGCAAAGACAGAGAAAACAUUUACGGACGUUAUCGGGCACAAUUAACAAGGUGGAAUGGUCGAAAAAGAUCUACGUGCUUACUACCGCUGGAUUCAUCCUCCAGUAUGCGGGCGACGGAAAACACGAUCGACUCCCGGAAAAAAUGCUCCAACUCGGUCCGCAAUCGGUUGCGUUUGCCAGUGAUGCCAUUCCCGGUAAACACUGGGUGCUUCAAAUAUCUCAUAACCCGACUGCCGAUGCCUCUCCCGCUCCUGAACCGCCCAAACCCCGAUUCUCGCGCUUUGGUUUUCACCGAUCGAACGCACGACGACUUGCACGCAGUUUUCUUUUGGUUUUUGAUAACCCCGAUGCCAUGAUCUCCUGGCUGACGGCUGUCCGGGCCGAAAUCGAGGCCCGGGGAGGGCCCAAGUUUACCGCGGAGAAGCACUCGGAUGAUGAUGCGGAGCCUCGCCUGCGCGUCAAAUCGAGCGUGCGCCAGACGGUGAAGAAGGAUCCGCAUCGCAUCUCGAGCUUGUUUCUCCAGCCGCAAACCUUGCGCCCUCCCGAGGAGGAUGAAGACGGUCAGUCCGUCGGCGGCUUGACGUGGCAGUCCCGGAGAAGCUCCUAUGUUUCUGUCAAUCGGCGCUCGAUGAUCGGUUCGCGCUCCGGGUCUGUGUCUACGAGUCGGACUGAAGCUACAGCGCCCAACGGGACCGGUCCGGCAUUGAUGACCAAAGAUAUGCGCACUCCGUCCUUCACCUCGACCAAUCCUACCAGUUCGCCCCCGAUGCGAAAUGGCUCGUUCACCUCAGAAGAGCCUCUGCCAGAACAAGGCUACACGCGCAGUCCACCCUCCUCGGCCCAACCGAAACGCCAAUCGGUGUACAUGUCACCCAACCCUCAGUCUCCUCCCACUACCGCCCACAGCGAGACUGCGCAGCCUGGUCAUCCGCUAUCCAACAUCCCCAACACUUUCGUUCGGAGCACAUCUCCCCCUGCGCCCAACUUCAGCGUCCCUUCAUUCAGCAAGAAAUUCGUCACCCGAGGGGGGCCGAUUACGAGCCCCCAGGUUUCGCCGCCCUCGACUUCAGCCGGCGUCGCUCGUCGAGCGGACGCGUCCAUCGACCCAAACCUUUCCACCUUCUCCUCGCCUCCACAAUCUCCCACUUACAGUGUGGCCAGCUCGCGGCACACUGAAUCCUCGGAGGCGCCUGGCGCCCGCGAUGGCACCGGCAGACGCACUCUGCGCAUGUCCAACUCCGAGGACGUGCUAGCAAAGACCGCGCGGUCCAGCCAUGCCCCGAAUUUCUCCCGUGUCCCCCGAGCAACCGCCCCCGAUACCGUAUCUCCUCCGUCCUCCCGCCCCCAAAGCUUGGUGUUCCGAUCCGAACUCGGUCUCCAGAUGAACAUCGAGCCCCAGUCCCAACCCCAGACUAUGGCUCAUCCUGUCGACUCAACACCACGCACCCGCGUCUCCAGCCUGUAUACCGACAAAGACGCAUCGAACAUGUCUCGCCGGAAGAGCAUGCCCGGCCUGUCUAUGGGACCUCCAUCCGCCCCUCCUCCCACCUGCCCUCUGCCGAAGAUCCCGUCUCCGACUACUGCGCAGGCGCCGGCACCGGCUCCUUGGUACUCUUCAUCUCCCUCGGACCGGUUUUAUCAGUAUGUGCAGGACCAGGUUCGUGACCGGCCAAAGAGCGGGGUUGUGUCUGGCAUUCCUCCGCCGUCUUCGGGCAAAUUGACGAAAAAUAGCUCCAAGGCUGCUGCUAGGCAUUCGAGGAUUCUCUUUGGCGGGGAGUAG